GUCACAUUUGACAUUUGAUGUUAAUUUGAAAUUUUAUAGGUUGUUGUUUUGAGAUAAUUGUUUUUUUGCGCAUUUUUAAUUCAUAUUGUUAAAAAUAAGUUUGCAUAUGUUUAAGAAACAUUGAAGGUGUUAUAAACUUUAUCUUUAACAACUAUGUAAAGUCGUAUGUUGAUUAUUUACCUUAUUUCACGUGUAUAACCUCAAAAUCAAAAUGAUGGACUCCAAAUACAAUAAUGGAUAUGCGAAAAACGGCAUUCAGAAGUUUCAAAUGAAGCUAAAACCGAUACCUGUGGUAUUUAACAAUAAAAAUGGCCCACCGAGCCCCAAGAAAAUGAAAUUUAACAAUGAAAACCAUAAUCCCUCAUCAUCCAAUGGCCACCUAAACGGCAAAGUUAAGAUAAGUAUACAGGACCAAAGAAGAAGCUUGCCGGUAUUUGAUAAACGGAAGCAAUUGUUAGCUCUCAUCGAGAAGCACAAGACUCUAAUAAUUCUGGGUGAAACGGGUAGUGGUAAAACAACACAAAUACCUCAGUAUAUUUUUUCGGUGGGUUUAAAUGAAGGGGGUAAAAUAGCUAUAACACAGCCUAGACGAGUUGCUGCAAUAAGUGUAGCAACGAGAGUAGCUGAGGAAUAUGGACGUGGAAAGACUGUAGGAGACAUAGUGGGUUAUUCAGUGAGAUUUCAAGAUUGUACAUCAAAUCAAACAAAAAUCAAGUUCCUAACUGACGGUAUGUUACUCAGAGAAGCUAUAUCAGAUAGAUUGCUUAUGGAAUAUAGAGUCGUUAUACUGGAUGAAGCCCAUGAAAGAACCAUCCAUACAGAUGUUUUAUUUGGGAUUGUUAAGAGAGCUCAAAAAAUCAGGGAAGACAGAAAUUUACCAGCUUUAAAGAUACUCAUUAUGUCUGCUACAAUGGAUGUAGAUCAUUUUUCACAAUAUUUCAACAAAUGCCAAGCGGUUUAUUUAGAAGGACGAACUUUUCCUGUUAAUAUACACUACACAAUAAAACCACAUGAUGAUUAUCAGGCAAGCUGUGUGGCUACAUUUUUUAAGAUUCACCAGGAGGCUCCACCUAACCAUGAUGUGUUGAUUUUUCUAACUGGACAAGAGGAAAUUGAGGCAUGUGCACAUAGGAUCCGUACCUUAUCUAAAGACCCAGAUGUUAAAGGACCACCAGUUAGAGUAUUCACCUUAUAUGCAGCUCAGACCAGUUCAACGCAAAUGAACAUUUUUCAGACAACUCCUAUGAAUACUAGAAAAGUGGUGAUAAGUACUAAUAUAGCAGAAACUAGUAUUACGAUACCUGGAAUUCGAUAUGUGAUAGACAGUGGAAUGGUUAAAUCGAGAACCUUUCACCCUUCAACUGGCUUGGAACUUCUAAAAGUGCAAAAAAUAUCCCACGAGCAAGCCUGGCAACGAGCUGGCAGGGCAGGAAGAGAUUCUGAAGGGCAUUGUUAUAGGAUCUACACCAGGUCUCAGUUUGAAUUGAUGCGCAAGACAACAAUACCAGAAAUACAAAGGGCAAAUCUAGGUACUGUUGCCCUACAGUUGUUGGCUCUGGGUAUCCAUGCUAACAAGUUUGAUUUUAUGGACGCUCCACCUAAAGAAGCUAUAACGGCAGCUUUUGAACAGUUGAAACUACUUGGGGCUGUGGAGGACGUUGAUUCUAUACAAUUGACACUUCUUGGAAAGAAAAUGGCAAGGUUUCCCUUAGAUCCUAGGUUUUCCAAAAUUCUGUUUGCUGCCCAACAAUACUCCUGUCUGCAAGAAGCCUUAACAAUAGUGUCUCUUUUAAGUGCUGAAUCCAUCCUUAUAAAUCCUGUAUCAAAGCAGACAGAGGCUCAAAACGUUAGGCAAAAGUUUUGUUCUUCUUAUGGAGACCUGAUAACCCUUCUAAAUAUAUAUAGAGACUUUGAUUCAGUGGGUCAAAGCAAUAAGAGAAGUUGGUGCAGAGACCAUUUUAUAAACCUCAGGAAUAUCACUCACGCUAGAGAAAUAAGGGCACAACUAGAAGACUUGUGCAAGAAAUGUGAUUUAGGUCUAAGUUCGUCAUGUGGAAGUGAUUUGGAUAAACUAAGGAAGUGUUUGACUGCAGGUCUUUUUAUGAAUGCUGCUGAACUGGUGAGAGAUCAUCAGUAUGUUACGUUGGACAAGAAACAAACCGUGCAAUUCCAUCCAAGUUCUACUCUACACCGCCAACAACCUCAUGUUGUGUUGUUUACAGAAGUUGUUCAGACCAACAAGUGCUACUUACGAGGACUCACUACAAUAGAUGCUGCCUGGUUGCAUGAAAUAGCGCCAGAAUAUAUGAAAAAUCAUACUCUUAGGUUUAACAGUAGCUGAUAGCUUAUAGUUUUAAGGAUUUUAUUAAGAUUACAAUGUUAUAACGUGUAUAUAUUCACUUUACGAAAAUGGCUCAAAUUUUGGAACGUCAUUAAGGCAUCAUGGAAAUUGAAAAAACAUUGACAUCAACUAAAAUGUUGUUUUUUUUUUUUUGAAAAAAUCGCUUAUGUAUUACAAAAUAAAAACGACCGAAACGUAAUGAAACGACUGCAACGACAGAUCGCGCAAACCACACAUUACGUGAGGUAGUAAACGCAUGCCCAAGCGUUUCAAAUCUUAAUAAAUGAAAAUAAAAUAAAUUAAAUACCUUCGCUCUUCACUUCCGGAGUACCACAUCCCGUUUUUUAUUAUUGAAAUUUAUACUGUGGCUGUUUUACUAAAAACUGACUUGUAGUCCUGAGAAGUGAGGUUAUUUAGACACUCUGGAUUAAUCCAGGUCUCUAGGAAGAUGUUUCAGUUAAUAUACAGGGUAGCCCAUCUUAUAUGCAGCAGUCUGUGCACGGAAAACGACUUCCAAAUAAACAAAAACACGAAAUAUUCAAAGUCUUUUUCUUCAUAGAAAUAUACAAGGCCACUGUCAUUACAAUUUAAUAAUAAUGUGAAUUAUAUAGGGUGUUCCAAAAAGAGUGGUAUAUCGAAGUUAUAUUUUUCUUACGGGAACACCCUAUAUUUGAUGUCAUUUUUUAAUUGUUCUUAAAAAAUAAAUUAUAAUUUUAUAAGGGGGGGGGUACAUAUCUGUACUUAAAUACAGGUUUUUUGGUUUAUUUUGAAUUUUGUAAAAAUGUAAGGUUUUAGAAAAAAAUUAAUAUUUACGAAUGUAAGAAUAAAUGACAUAUUUGUUUUUGGGCCUGGAUAAAAGACCAUUUGUCGUAUUUAAAUAGAUGAUAGUAUAUCUAUGAUGAUUAAUAUAUUAACUGGUCUUCAUCUAUAUUACAAAGCCUUUUACCGACACCAUGAUGAUCAGCAACAUUGGAUAGGAAUUGAAGAUUUGAAGACAUUGAUAAAAAAGAGUCAAUAGAGCAGACUGGAAUUUCUAAAAUGAACGAUUUGUUCCAUCUCUAAUAUUACCCGUUCCAGAGAACAGAUGAAUCAGUUCGACUACUUUGUAACACAAACGUGCCACAAGGGCGUUCUCUACACUAAUUUUAAGGGGAACGGAGCAAAAUGCAACAUUCUGACGCAUGUCAAAAUUUUCAAUGUGUUUUAAAUGUAUUCAUUUUUUUCAACUUUUGAGAAAACUAAUAAGUAUUUUUGAAAAAUUUAAAUGUAGAAUUAAAAAUUACUUUAUUACCUAGGGUCGAAAGUCCCUUAAAAUAAAUAAAAAGUUUCUUUUGAAUUAAAUAUUUCCAAUUAAAAAUCACUAAAUUUUCUCUUUUAUUUUCACCCCUGUAACUUAUUAAAAUAAACAUUAUAGAAAUUUUCAGGGACUUUUGGCCCUCGGUAAUAAUGUAAUCUUUCAUUCUGCGUUUAAAUUUUUCAAAAAUAUUUAGGUAUUAGUUUUCUCAGGAUUCGAAAAAAAAAUAAAUUUAAAACACAUUAAAAAUUUUGACAUGCGUCAAAAUUUUUCAUUUUGCUCCGAUCCCCUGAAAGUACCACUGGUAACUGCCUUAAUAGUGCUAUUUCUUUUACCUCCAGAGCCAUCGAGCCGACAGUCUUACAUUUUGGUGCCAUAUAUUUUAAAAAUACAUGCAAAUAAUGAUGACAAAGAAUAUAGCAACUGCGGUUCUGCAUUUCAGGUACGAAUAUUGAACUUUUUAUAUAAAUCAUGUUCCUUUUUGUGCCAAUUUAUGCUUUAGACGACAUUUUUUCUUAGUUAUUUAAAUUGGUUUAUAGUUCAGAGAAAUAAGGUAUUCCCGUGUCUUUGGACCUUGCAAAGUAUCUGAAAUUUUUUUGAAGUUACACUUCUUUAGGCGCGAUUGGGAGUGAAUUUUUAUUAUUCUGAGCGCAUGCGCACACAGACAGUAUGGAGUUCGUUGCUAAAUCCAAAGAAUAUAAUAUACUCUCUCUUAACGUCUAUAUUCUUUGCUUAAUCUUUUAAGUUAUGUAUGUAUCAGUCCAAAAAAGGUGUGGAAAAAUAUAUUUGUGUAUUUAGUAAAUAUAUUCAUUAUAAUUUUUGUGUCUUUGGAUUUGUCUUCCUCGAUAGUAACAUAAUACGUAUUAUUAAAACAUUUUUAUAUGUAUUUAUACUUUAGUUCGUCUAUUUGUUACCGUGAUUUGUCAUAAUGUCCGAGAAACACAGAUCGAGAGGUCUCGGGUUCAAAUGCGGACAAUUUGUGUCUUCUUUUUUUAAUUUUUGGAAAGUGAUAAGUAUUAAAAUUAGUUUAAUAUUUAAAUAAAAUAAAAAUAAACUGUUUAAAGUAUUUUAUUUCGUUGAAAUCAUAUAAUAGAAGUAUAGCUUCUACUUCUUACGUGCGUACAAAGUACACACACAUUCUUUUUUUUUUAGUUCUAUGGACGUCGAUAACCCAUACAUCUAUGUUUCAUGCAGUGGAUUCAGUGGAAUAUUUAAAUUAUUAACAAUUUAAGGCCAAAAAUGCACCAUUUUAAUAUCUUUCUUCUACCAGUAGAAAGUAAAGUACAGUUGAGUCCGCGAGUCUUUACCCGUGCGUCAUCAUUUAAAGCAUACGAAAUAAGUCGGAAAUUUACUGAACGCAACGGCAAAUGGAUAUUAUUCCGAGCACGGGUUAUUAUAAAAUUUGACGUUAUCAAAUAAAUAGAAUGUCACACAUCGCACACAUCUUAUGGAAAAUAUAAUGUCACUAUAAUGGAAAUAUAAAUUCAAUAAAAUUUAUACGAAUAGAUUCGUUUUAAAUUAACGGUCAAAUCUUAUCAUUGCGCCAACUCUUAAUUAUGAUUAAUUACGGCGCAAAUUGCAAUUAAAGUUUAUCGAAAUCACAUUUUUGGAGUCAGUAAAACUGUCAGUUACAAUCACUAUUGCUCUGGGUGCUAUUCAAAAGAGCUUAAACCCCGCUGGGCCUAAGCGGAUUAGUGAAACUAAUCCGCUGAUUUAUGGAGUACCGACAAUUUGGGUAUUAUAAAAUAUUUUUUUUCUCUCUAACUUAUGUACGUAUCCAUUUGAUUUCAGAUUUAUUUAUAUCAAUUUCUGCUCUUAUAUUAUUGAAAAUAUGGAGUUGGCGCAAUGAUAAGAUUUGACCGUUAAUUUAAAACGAAUCUAUUCGUAUAAAUUUUAUUGAAUUUGAGCGACAUAUUUUCCAUAAGAUGUGUGCGAUGUCCUUUAAGUUUUCCUUUAAAAUUUUGGUGCAUCAUUACAGUUACAUUUGAAGUAGCUUAAUAAAUUAUUUUAUUAUCAUUGAUUAAUAAAUAAAUAAACAAUUUAUAAAAAAAUUCAAUAACAUAUUUUCUUUUUGAUGUUUUAUUCACUUUGGCGGAACCUUAAACACCAGCGUUCAACUGUGUCAACAAUGAGGUUAGCUUUGUACGUCGUCAAAAUUUAUCUUAAAAUAACAUAAACUUAUCACAAAAUUUCUAACUCCAAUAUAAAAUUAGUUGUGAAAACAACUGUUUGUAUACUAUAAAAAACUUCAAAAUGCAAAAACUCGACAGAAUAACAGCAAAAAAUUUAACAAACUGACAGCCACAAAAGUAAACAAACCAAAACGUCAGAAAUUGUACUUAAAAUAUGUGAAGAUAUCCCCAAUCGUCGUUCUUUGUACCUAUCUCUUUUCAAUACACUGAGUCUUAAUCGUUCAUAAAAAUAACAUGUGUUUUUACUUAAAUAACAGGCGGCAGCUGGUUUGUCAUUAAUUUCAUGCGUGCAAGAGAAUGAUGUCAAAUAAAAAGUAUGUGUUUUAUCUCACCAGGUAUUAAUGACGCACGGGUAAAGACUCGCGGGCUCAACUGUAUAAUUAUUUGUUAAAGUAUGUUUUAAGGCUUUAAAACGUCAUUUUAAAACUUUAAAAGUGUUUUAUUAAAUAAUUACUUCCAAAUCCGUUCAAAAUGCUUUACUUUUUUACAGGUAGACAAAAGUUCUAAAAAUGGUGCAUUUUUGGCCUUAAAUUGUUAAAAAUUUCAAAAUUCCACCGAACCCAUUUCAGGAACCAUCGAGGUUUUGUUUAUCGGGCUUCAUAACAUUCAAAGAACUUAUCAGAUACCUGACCGGUUGAAGCUCCAAACAGGAGCCUUUAACCUUUUUACCUUAUUUCUUUAGACUAUUACUCUAUUUUGUAACAAAUAUUUAAGCAACACUGUCAUAACAGUAACCGUAAUAACAAAUUACUGGGAUAAUUGAUGAUUGUUUCUUUUCAAAUACAAUGUUUUUUUGUCUUAGGGUUUCCCCAUUGCAUCCACGUCAUUCUCAUUAUAAAAAAUUUUUGACCUUGCUCAUAGCAGACAGUGCUGCUUAGGCUUAAUAAUAAAAAUAUAACAAAUCUUAAAUUGUAUGAAAUUAUUUGUAUUUUGUUGCCUGUUUCUUGGUUUUUUCGUAGUCCUAUGAAAUAUUUAACUCGUAUUUUCUAGUGGAAAAGUGCUAUCAUAACGAUAUGAAAAUUGCCAAGAAAUGAUAAAAUAUAUUAAGUUUAAUGUUUCUGAAUGUCUAUGAAUUAUUUUUCUUAUUGUAAAUAUAUAAUUCUUAUCAUUAUUUUUAAGCAUUUGAUUAUAAAGUUUUGAGUAUUGUAAACAUUUUAUUGUUAUAUAGAGACACCAAAAAAACAGGGUAGGCUGUGGAAUAAAAAUACGCUGUUUGAGAUUUUAGCCAAUUGCAGAGACCACAGACAUAUAAAUCCUAGACUGCGCGCCAUGCAUGAUUGUAAGAGAUUAGAAAGAGAUGCGUACCCUUCUUACAACAUUUUUCUCUGUAGCUCUGGGGGAACAGUUUCCAAUUGCAGCGCACCCGCUAGGUAUUAUAUGGCUAUGGCAGAGACGAAAAAAGCAUAGACUUAUAUUAUCAUAGACAGAGUGUCAUUCAGAGCGAAGUGACGGCACCAUCUUUUUUUCUUUGGAUCAGUGCUGUUUCACUCUUACGCAUAGUAAAGCUGCGACAGGAGUACCGCAAACCAGUCGAAGAGAUCUUGUCGUCAGGAAGCGCGGAAUGUAGGCUCACUAUGUUAAUAUAUACCUCUACAAUCCAUCUAAUUUACAUGCCGUUGCACGUCAUUAUCUACGCCAGAGAUCUAAGUUGACAUAGUUGCCAAAGUAUAAAAAAAUCCUGAAUCCAUUUUAAAUCAAAUAGAUCACAUAAUUAUUGUAAACGUGGAUUAUACAACAAAACAGAUUAUUAUUCAAUAUAAAUAAGUAAAACUUAAGAAAUAGAGAACAAGAAUUAAUUUAUAAUCUUUUAAGAUUUGCAGUUCAAGCGUUUUUGCACUGCAUUGUUAAUAAUUAAAAAACGGCUCCGAACUCUUGGCAUGAAGCCGGUAGGUUUCUUUGUAUUAUGUCUACAAUAACAACUAAAAAAGUUUUCAGAUACCUCGAUUAUUCCAAGUCGUGAUAAAAUUCGGUGAAAUUUAUAUUUUUAUUGUAGAGGAUCUUUUUAUAGUAAAGUAAAUAAUAAAAACAGUAAAUAUAAUGAAACAAAUACUUAUAGUAAAGAAUAUAAACAAAUAUGAAGUGUCAUCACCGCAACUGUCAAAUAAAUGUUACCAAUUUAUGCCAAAAUAUCACCUUCGUUCGAUUAUAGUUACAGUGUAUUCCGAACAAAUGUGCUUCAUAAAAACGCUUUAUAAUCCAUUUAUACAAAUUAAAUAAUGAAACAUAUUGUGUAUUUCUUCCAGUUAACAUUAAUAGAAAUCUUGAAAUAUUAUUUCUACGCGUAUAUAAUAAAAUAUGUCGAGUGGCUGUAAUUCCAGUGUACUCGGCAAAAUGAUUCUAAAAAAGAACACACCUACCGCCAAAUAUUUCGUGUUGGUAUCAUGCGACGUCACAGGCUAUGACGCGGAUGACGUGCAACGGUUAGUAAAUUAGACGAAGUAUAUGAGACUAACAUACGCAUAACUUUACUUAAAAAUUUGAAUAUAAUUGGUUAUAAAUAUUGACAAUGGUUAUGGCAUAAAUGUCACGCACUGACACUUAUAAUUUGCAAAAUCAUUGAAAUGUAACAAAUUUAUAAUUUCAAAUUCACAACCUCCCUAAUUACAAUUUUUUUGGGUGACUCAGUAUUUAAUGUUUACUCAAUAAAACUCUUUAUUUUUU